UUGUGGAGUGGCGCGGGAAGGCACUGAGCCGUGGGGUUACCACUCAUCGGUAGCAGCAGCCCCGGGAGGGGAAGGCCGGGCGUGGCUGCACGGGGCACCGCGGGUCUCGGGAGCCUUCCUCUCCGGCCUCUCAGGGUUCUUCGAGCCAGGGUCCCGGGCGCCGUUCCUAUGGCAACGCCCCUCCCGCUGUCUGUCCCAGCGGAACCUCCGCGGGCUGCGGAGCCGGUACCCCUGGAAGUGGAACUCAGGUGAAUGCUGUCUGGAAGCAGAGGAGGAAGCCAAGGAACUGACAGUGCUGGGCGUGGUGAUGCUUGUAUCCCAGUACCUGGGAGAGGAGGUGGCCAAGUUGGAGAAGCAUUUGAUGCUUCUCAGACAAGAGUAUGUCAAGCUGCAGAAGAAAUUGGCAGAGACAGAGAAAAGAUGCACUCUUUUGGCUGCACAAGCAAACAAGGAGAAUAGCAGUGAGUCCUUCAUCAGCCGCUUGCUGACGAUAGUGGCAGACCUGUACGAGCAGGAGCAGUACAGUGAUUUGAAGAUCAAGGUUGGGAGCAGGCACAUCAGUGCUCACAAGUUUGUUCUGGCGGCCCGCAGUGACAACUGGAGUCUAGCCAACUUAUCUUCCACUGAGGAACUGGACUUGUCAGAUGCGAAUCCUGAGGUGACAAUGACAAUGCUUCGCUGGAUCUACACGGAUGAGUUGGAGUUCAGAGAAGAUGAUGUGUUCCUGACUGAGUUGAUGCAAUUAGCAAAUCGGUUUCAGCUCCAGCUCCUUAGGGAGAGAUGUGAGAAGGGCGUUAUGUCUCUGGUGAAUGUUAGGAAUUGUAUUCGCUUCUAUCAGACUGCAGAGGAACUAAAUGCCAGCACACUGAUGAACUACUGUGCAGAAAUUAUUGCAAGUCAUUGGGAUGACUUGCGAAAGGAGGACUUCAGUAGCAUGAGUGCUCAGUUGUUAUACAAAAUGAUCAAAUCCAAGACAGAGUACCCAUUGCACAAAGCUAUCAAAGUAGAGAGAGAAGAUGUGGUCUUCCUCUAUCUGAUUGAAAUGGAUUCCCAGCUCCCUGGUAAGCUCAAUGAAGUGGAUCAUAAUGGCGAUCUCGCAUUAGAUCUAGCCCUUUCACGACGACUAGAGAGUAUUGCCACCACACUGGUUAGUCAUAAAGCUGAUGUGGACAUGGUAGACAAGAAUGGCUGGAGCUUGUUACAUAAAGGAAUCCAAAGAGGAGAUCUCUUCGCUUCUACAUUUCUCAUCAAGAAUGGGGCUCUUGUCAGUGCUGCCACAUUGGUAGCCCAAGAGACACCAUUGCACCUGGUGGCAUUGUAUAGUUCAAAGAAACACUCAGCAGAUGUGAUGUCUGAGAUGGCGCAGAUUGCGGAGUCCCUCCUGCAGGCUGGUGCCAACCCCAACAUGCAGGACAGCAAGGGCAGGACUCCUUUACACUUGUCCAUCAUGGCCAGGAAUGAAUAUGUGUUCAAUCAGCUGCUGCAGUGUAAACAGUUAGAUUUAGAGCUAAAAGACCAUGAGGGGAGCACUGCUCUAUGGUUGGCAGUGCAAUACAUCACCGUGUCUUCAGACCAGUCUGUAAACCCCUUUGAAGACCUCCCUGUGGUAAAUGGAACAUCAUUUGAUGAAAACAGCUUUGCAGCCAGGCUCAUUCAGCGUGGCAGCAACACUGAUGCCCCUGAUGUGAUGACAGGAAAUUGUUUACUACAGCGGGCAGCUGGGGCAGGAAAUGAGGCAGCAGCUCUUUUCCUAGCAACCAAUGGUGCCCAUGUUAACCACAGAAACAAAUGGGGAGAAACCCCAUUGCACACAGCUUGUCGGCGUGGCCUUGCCAACCUCACAGCAGAGCUCCUGCAGCAAGGUGCCAAUCCAAACCUGCAGACAGAGGAAGCUGUGCCUGUAUCCAAAGAGGCUGGGGCCCUGAUCAGCUCUGUGGACGGCAUCUACCUGCAGACCCCACUGCACAUGGCAAUUGCCUAUAAUCAUCCAGAUGUGGUAUCUGUCAUCCUGGAGCAGAAAGCCAAUGCUCUUCAUGCCACCAACAACUUGCAAAUUAUUCCGGACUUCAGCCUCAAGGAUUCCCGAGACCAGACUGUGCUGGGCCUGGCUUUAUGGACUGGUAUGCACACAAUUGCUGCCCAGCUGCUGGGCUCCGGAGCUUCUAUCAAUGAUACCAUGUCAGAUGGGCAGACUUUGCUGCACAUGGCCAUCCAGCGGCAGGAUAGUAAGAGCGCACUUUUUCUCCUGGAGCAUCAGGCCAAUAUCAACGUCAGGACUCAGGAUGGGGAGACUGCCCUUCAACUGGCCAUCAGAAAUCAACUUCCACUUGUAGUUGAUGCCAUAUGUACCCGAGGAGCUGAUAUGUCUGUGCCUGAUGAAAAAGGGAACCCCCCACUGUGGCUUGCCUUGGCAAAUAAUCUGGAGGACAUCGCCUCCACUCUGGUCAGACAUGGUUGUGACGCCACAUGCUGGGGCCCAGGACCCAGCGGGUGCCUUCAGACACUCCUGCACAGAGCCAUUGAUGAAAACAAUGAGUCCACUGCCUGCUUUCUUAUUCGCAGUGGCUGUGAUGUGAAUAGUCCCCGACAACCAGGUGCUGAUGGAGAAGGGGAAGAAGAAGCAAGGGAUGGACAGACCCCUUUGCAUUUGGCAGCCUCAUGGGGACUAGAAGAGACAGUGCAAUGUCUUCUGGAGUUUGGUGCCAAUGUUAAUGCACAGGAUGCAGAAGGAAGAACACCUGUCCAUGUUGCCAUCAGCAACCAGCACAGUGUCAUCAUUCAGCUACUGAUUUCUCACCCUAACAUCCACUUGAAUGUACGAGAUAGACAAGGGAUGACCCCUUUUGCCUGUGCCAUGACUUACAAGAACAACAAAGCAGCUGAGACCAUUCUAAAACGAGAGUCUGGGGCAGCUGAGCAGGUGGAUAAUAAGGGUCGGAAUUUUCUUCACGUGGCAGUUCAGAACUCUGAUAUCGAAAGUGUCUUGUUCCUGAUCAGUGUCCAGGCCAAUGUAAACUCCAGAGUCCAGGAUGCUUCCAAGUUGACCCCUCUGCACCUUGCUGUCCAAGCCGGUUCAGAGAUCAUUGUCCGAAAUUUGCUUCUUGCAGGAGCCAAGGUGAAUGAAUUAACCAAGCAUCGCCAGACCGCCCUCCAUCUUGCUGCCCAGCAGGACCUGCCCACCAUCUGCUCAGUCCUCUUAGAAAAUGGAGUGGACUUUGCUGCUGUGGAUGAGAAUGGAAAUAAUGCUCUUCAUCUUGCUGUCAUGCAUGGUCGGCUCAACAAUAUCCGGGCUCUUCUGACAGAGUGCACAGUGGAUGCUGAAGCCUUUAAUUUGAGAGGCCAGUCACCACUACACAUUCUGGGACAAUAUGGCAAAGAGAAUGCAGCAGCCAUCUUCGAUCUCUUCUUAGAGUGCAUGCCUGAGUAUCCUUUGGACAAACCAGAUGCAGAAGGCAACACAGUGCUGCUCUUAGCAUAUAUGAAAGGGAAUGCCAACUUGUGCCGUGCCAUCGUCCGGUCUGGGGCUCGCCUUGGGGUGAAUAAUAAUCAAGGAGUCAACAUUUUCAACUACCAGGUUGCCACUAAGCAGCUUCUGUUUAGACUAUUAGAUAUGCUCUCCAAGGAGCCUCCGUGGUGUGAUGGCUCCAACUGCUAUGAGUGCACUGCCAAGUUUGGAGUCACAACACGUAAACAUCACUGUCGUCACUGCGGCCGUCUUCUUUGCCAUAAAUGUUCGACCAAGGAGAUUCCUAUCAUAAAGUUUGAUCUGAACAAGCCUGUGCGGGUUUGCAACAUUUGCUUUGAUGUACUGACUCUGGGUGGUGUCUCCUAGUGAGCCCCCAGGAAUGUCCAAGUCAACAUCCCCAGGCACCUACCCAGCAACUGCUCUGCUCACCAGCCUGCCCCCUACCAAGAGCAGGAGCUAGCAGUUGUCUUCCUGUGGCAGAAGACUGAACAAUUAAGGACCACAGUGUGAUCCCAUUCCAGAUGAUUCUGUAUGAUUGUCAGUGUGUCAGACUGUGAUCUAUUGCACUAGAUGUCUAAUUGGACCAGGCCAUUUAGCCUAAGUGGUAAAUGUGAUAGGAAUCAGACCCCAUCUGCUAACAACACACAAAGGACACUUGGAAACAAUUUUCCCUUCCAGUAGCUUAGUGUCCAUCUCAGAGAAUUCACCAAGUCUUCCUGCCUGGGCUGACAAAUGAGGCAGAGCCUGACAGAGUAGAAAGCAGCUGCUUGAUGAGAGCUGGUUGUACUCUAGGGUAAGUGGCUAUGGACUUCACUGCACAGUGUCUUUUCAUAAAGAUAAUAGGAUCCUCUUGCCCUGAAGUCUUUUCUUUCUUUCUUUCUUUCUUUUUUUUUUUUUAAAGCUAAGCUAUAUUUUCAGUGAACUGCCCCUUUUAAAAAGGUGAAAUCUUUCUAAACAGGGUUCAAAGAUGAGAGCUGAAAAAUCGUGGCCUUAACAACCGAAAGCUUUACCAGUGUUCAUGCUGCUGGGUGUCAAGAGUGCAGCAGCAGCUUGACACCUAGCAGCCGUCUCAUUCUCUCGUCUUGCUGCGUCCUGUCUGUGGAGUCCUCAGUCAUUACCACUUGAGAGUGGUGGAGGAAAUGCACUUUGGCUGUGCUGCACUUUUUCUAGAGUUGCAUCAUUGGUAAUUCCCAGUUUAAAAAUCCAUGUUCAGAAAUACCCCACAUCCUUGCAUCAGUGAUUCUGAUGGCCAGCUUCAACUGAACCUCAGCCAGCACUAGUCUUAUAGGGAAAACUGCCAAGGAGGAAGAAAUUCAUACUGAUGAGAAAGGAGAUGGAGGCUUCAGCCCCAGGGCCCAUCUCCAGCCUUGGUCCCACAGGCCCUCUCUCCUUAACAUGAGCCCUUCCUGUUGAAACCGUCCCUGGCAUGCUGAGUACUCUUGGUCCUAGUUCUGACUAGCAUGCCCUGCCCCAUAAAAGCCAGUAGCCAAAGUCCCUAGCCAAGUGUAAACAACCUGUUUUGGAAGGCUGUGGCUUGAAUGCUGAGCAAGGCCUCCAGAGCAGGAAGGACUUUGGUUACUGCUGGUACCUAUUAACCAUGAGAUGUUGAAUGUCUUUUAAAGGUUUGGCCAGUUUAAGGGAUUUUUUGUUUUGUUUUGUUUUAAUGUACAUUGAAAGAGAAACUUCUACCAGUUUUGUUUUUUUUUUAAAGAAACACAACUCUGAGAUGAACAAUAUCUACUAUAUAGUGAUAAUCAAAUUAACAAUCUCAAUCAUACAUACUGAUUUUUUUUCAGAUAUUUAAUAGCCACUACAGUAUAUGUGUAAAAGGGACUCUUUUUUUGUAUCUCUUUCUUCUUUGGCUAGUACAUGUCCUCUAGGUUGCUAUAGGUUUAUAUAUUUUAUUGCCUAAAUAUGUGUAUAAAAUGCACUGAUAAGCCAGAAUGCUACUUUAAGAAAUAUUUCUGUGAUUUUUAAGAUACAUGCUUUUUAUGGUAACAUUACCCAGUAUACAAUGUUUAAUAGGAAAAGUUAUUUAGAGGAGUUCCACUGCCCCCCAGUCUGUAACAGAUUUCAUACAAUUUUUAUGGAAACACUUGACGAGUCUUGGCCAACAGCUAUAUGAAGCAUGUGGUCAGUUUCCAUUUUUUAUUGCCAAAAAAUGGCUAUAAGGCCAUACAGCUUAGUAGAUACCAUGUCUUUAGUGAGGAAAGUAAUUAUGGUUCAGAUAGGAACUGAGGUGGCUGGUACACAUAUACUUUCUUGUUCUUUCAGUGUUCACAGUGGAGAGGGGAGGAUGGAAAUCAGGACUGAAACUGAUUGUUCUGUCCUUGCCUUACCACACCAGUUUCAGUAACAGUCUUGCCUAUAACUGCACUUAAUCAUGUUUAGAUCUUGUUUAAAAUGUGUGGAUUCAAGCUUUUAUUUCUUCAGAAGCCAGGGUAUGAGCAGCCAUGGGAGGGGAACAGUCUUAGUUGCACAGUAACUCUGUGCUGUGGAUGUAGACCAAGUAUCCUUCUGCAGUCCUAGACCUCCCUGACAACUGUGUGCUCACCAGGCUACACUCAUGCUGCACUGCCCUGGCCAGGGCCAGACUCAUUUUUUGUCUCGCCUGUGCUUACCAUGCUGACAAGACUUCACUUGGGAACUGUCUAGCUGUUCUUGUUCAAUUUUAAUCAGUAGCUUCAGAACUCAUAGCAGAAGUUACUUUUAUUUAUUCAAAAAGUUGCCAGUUGUGAAUGAGUAGAGCAGGAAGAAUGAAUUUUACUGAAGCAUAAUUGCUGCAUUAGUCAAUAUUGUUACGCUCAGCUUUUUACCUGCCUCUUGCUCGUCAUAGGACUUAUGUACAGCACAUUUUUUUUUAAGACAGAGGUACAGACCAUGUGCUAUGUAUAAAAAUAGAAUAGCUGAAACUAAUUUGCUAUGAUCCUCUAACACAGAAACAUCCCAUAAACUGAAGUGCCUACACUGAGGACUUUUGUUUCCAGUUUUCUUUUCAUUGGUGUCUCACUCAGUAAUGUAUUAGCACACAUGUUCUCUUUGGAGUUUCAGGCCUAUUGCACUGUCAACCCCAAUUACCAGUUCAGUCAAGGCUGAAGAUUAGAUUGCUCAGUUCACCUGCCACAUUCUCUCCAAGGAGUGGGGUCCAUGUGACCUAUUCAUCCUCUACCUCAGAGCCCUGAGUUGUUUCUGACCAUCUGCCUGCUUCCUCCCUGCCCCUGAACGGGUCUCAUGAGGAGCUGGGUAUGUGUAGUCACACCAUCUUUCCUACUUCAUGUCGUUGUGUGUCCCCCGUGACAUAUCCAACUGUUCCUGCACUAGUGUUGUUCACAGGGAAGGGGUAGAGGGAAGGCUUAGGACAGGGAAGAGUACUGGCUUCCAUCUAGGUUUUCUUUACAUGGAAAAAAAGAACAUGGCUGAACCUCCAAAUGCUUAGACCCGAGAGGCAGUGACAGUAGCUUGCACAAGUAAAUGUAUGCCUCCCUCACAGACACACUGGCUUCCCUCAGGAUCAGCCUUGGAGAGUCACCCGAAGCACCAGAGCUCCCCUGCCAGCCCAGCAGAGAGGAAGGAAGCAGCUCACCAAGCCUCGCUCACUCUCUGUGGAAGGGAUCUGUUGAAGAGCUGAGUGUUUGACCAGUUGUAAACUAAACACUAAAAUUCCCAGAAUUGUAGAUGCCUUAAAGACUUUCAUUGGAGGAUUGUUCCUCUUUUGUGUGGCAUAAAUAAUAUAUUGACCUGUUAACAACCGACAACACUGGUUUUCUGUAGUGAGGGAGUCUUGGGUUAGGACUGCUGGACUUACUGACUUGCCUGUUUGGCAGAUGUAUGGAGCUGGGUAUUCUCCAUGACAUCCCUGUGGUAGCAAGGGCAAGGGCAGCAGCUGGGCGGAAACUGCAGGCACAUGUUUGGGUAGAUCACCUUGGCUUCCAAGCCAUUCCGGUGGUGCUCAGUGUGGGAAUGACAGCAUCAUCUAGGACCAUGGCGCUUAUCAGCAUUGUUUCUUUGGAGUCUGUGUAAUGGAAUGUAUUUUUUCAAAUACUGAUACUUGCAUUUUCUGUAACAAUUCCUUAUAAUAAAAAUGAGGUAAAAUUGUGCAUUUAAAAUGGAAACUUUAAAGACAUUUGUGGCUACUAACACAGAAGCACCAAUAAACAGAACAAAUUUCUUUUUAAAACCUCUA